GGUGAAGGGUCGCCAAGAUGGCUGCUCCCGCGCAGCUGCUGUAGAGCAGCGACUGGCGUUGCCGGCCUAGCGGGGGGGCGUAUCGGGCUCUGCUGGGACAAUGGCCCCGGCUCCGCUGCUCCUCACUGGGAGCCGGGGCUGGCCGAGGCUCGUGGGGCCCCAGAGGGAGCUGCUGGUGCAGGGGCUUCAGGGGUCUCGGAGGGGGCUGUUGGGGUCUCAGGUAGGUCAGAGGAGGCUGCAGGUGCAAGGUCUCUCCAGAGGCUUUGCCAAGGUAGCCAAGACCAGGAGCAGCAGAGAAGUGAAAGAAGCUGAGGACUCUGCCCCAGUUUUUCAGUAUGUGGGGGAGAAGUCCAAGAGGAAGGACAGGGUGUUUGUCUGGGGUUUCUGUCACGCUGGGGCCCUGGGGAUCCCCAGCUUCAUUAAGCCUGAUGCAAGCUGGAAAAAGCACCGGAGGAUACAACCCACACCCUACCGCCUGGACACAGCUGAGAAGAUAUCCUCUGCAGCAUGUGGCUAUGGCUUCACGCUAAUAUCCUCAAAAACCACUGACAUUACCAAAGUUUGGGGCAUGGGGCUGAACAAGGAUUCUCAGCUUGGCUUUCAGAGAAGCAGGAAGGAUCAAACUAAAGGCUAUGAGUAUGUCUUGGAACCGUCUCCCAUUCCAUUACCACUGGACACUCCCCAGGAGACUCGGAUCUUGCAGGUGUCUUGUGGGAGAGCUCAUUCCCUCAUCCUGACGGACAAGGAAGGAGUCUUCAGCAUGGGCAACAAUUCCUAUGGGCAGUGCGGCCGAAAAGUUACUGAAGGUGAAAUUUACAGUGAGAGCCAUCUAAUUCACCGACUGCAAAAGUUUAAAGGCAGGGUUGCGCAGAUUGUCUGUGGGCAGGAUCACAGUCUGUUCAGGACUGAGAGAGGCGAGGUUUACUCCUGUGGAUGGGGAGCUGAUGGACAAACAGGUCUUGGCCAUUACAAUAUCACCAGUGUGCCCACCAAAUUAGGCGGAGAUAUUGCUGGAGUAAAUAUCGUACACGUUGCCACCUAUGGGGACAGCUGUCUGGCUGUAUCUGAUGAAGGAGACCUCUUUGGGUGGGGAAACUCUGAAUACUUGCAGCUGGCUUCCAUCACAGAGACAACACAGGUGAAUGUUCCAAGGCACUUACCAUUCAAGAUUGGGAAGAUAAAGGAUGCUGCAUGUGGAGGGACAGGCAAUGCUGUUGUAAAUGAAGAAGGAAAUGUCUUUGUCUGGGGAUAUGGAAUUCUUGGGAAAGGACCAAACCUGAUGGAAUCAGCAACUCCAGAAAUGAUCCCACCCACCCUCUUUGGCUUGUCAGACUUCAGUCCGGACACCCGCGUUUCUCGCAUUCGCUGUGGACUCAGCCAGUUUGCUGCACUUAACAACAGAGGAGAGCUGUUUAUGUGGGGCAAGAAUAUAAGGGGGUCCUUGGGGAUUGGAAGAAUGGAAGACCAGUAUUUCCCAUGGAGGUACAAUAAAUCUCGAGUUUCAGCAAAAGACCCAGCAAGUAAAAUAAGCAUGUGCACUCUCCGUGUAAAGCAAAACCAUCCAUCGUCCAGCUCCACGCUUCGUACAAGAACGAGAUCCUUCGCUGCUGUUGCAACGCGACAGGGUGAAAUUCACCUCUGUGCAGAGGGCUGUCACAAGGGCUACCAACCAUUUCAAUCUGACUGAAGCCUUUCCACCUCAACCUAGCAAAGACUGAUACAUGGGCGUAAUUCUGCGAGCUGCACACAGCCCCACUGGCUUCAGCUCAGUCACUCAACGUGCGUACGUGCGGCAGUCUGUGCAGGAUUGAAGUCUUAGAGAACACAGGGGUUGCCCCAGUCCCUUGCAUAGGGGUGAACUGCCCCCUAAGUUAGCUGCUUUCUGUAGCAUUUUUUUUUUUAAAAGAAAAGCCUCCAUCACAUUAUUUAUCCCAAUUAAAAAAAAGAUGGUUCCAAUUAAGGAACGGCUUUGUAAAUUCCUGUAUCUGCAUGACACUAGCAAAGACAGAACACGAUGGAAAUAAACAAGGCUGUGUUACCAAAUGUUUCUUUUCACACCCCCAGCCCCCCACACCCCACUGUAAGAGAACAGCAACAAUUUUGCUUUCAGCACCAGGAGUGUUUGCCAGAAAUUCAGAUGCCAUUUGGGGCUUGAAUGUAUCCUACUGAUGAUUAAGUUACAGAGGAAAGUUCAGCUCAAAUGCAAUGUGUUCAAGGAGUCUCUGGAGAUUUCAAUGGUGUUUAUCCCAAUUUUCCAACUGGGCUGAAUGAAGCACAAGGUGGGAAGAGUGACCGGCCGUAGGUCCUAGGGUUGGCAAGGCUUAGGACCAAGAAUUUCUCUGAUCUGGUUAUUUGCCAGAAAACCUGAGCCAUACAACAGCCUCCUGACUAUGAUCUGCUUCAGUCUGCUUACCAGUACUUUGGACCAGGGUUGGAUUUUUUAAUUCAAGAAAAAGAGUAAUCAAUGCCCUGUUCAAGCAAGUUGAAACACUAAUAAAAUGGCCAUUAGUAGUGAAGUGCC